AUGGGUAUGGCUGGAGAGUCACAGUUUCAUGUUCUAGCUGUUGAUGACAGCAUCAUAGAUAGAAAAUGGAUUGAAAAGCUCCUCAAGACCUCUUCUUUUCAAGUUACUGUUGUAGAUUCCGUGAGUAAAGCUCUUGAAUUCCUGGGUUUGCAAGAGGCAGAACAGGAAAGAAAAGUCAAUUUAAUUAUAACAGAUUAUUCUAUGCCUGGAAUGACUGGCUAUGAUCUCCUCAGAAAGAUCAAGGAGUCUACAUCUCUUAAAGACAUCCCAGUUGUGAUCAUGUCCUCUGAGAAUAUCCCUUCUAGGAUUAACAGAUGUCUAGAAGAAGGAGCAGAAGAUUUCUUCCUGAAACCUGUUCAAUUAUCUGAUGUGAACAAGCUUAGACCCCACCUACUUGGAUGGAGGACACUUGUGGAGAUUUGAAGUUUAAAGCAUCACAAAAAUGCUGGAAAUUUGAAUGUUGAAUCUUCACAAAACCCUAAUCAAUCAAGGGUACUUUGAAUCUUGAUCUCAAGUGGAAGAUGGAUGUUUGGGAUGAUGAUUUUAGAGAUUUGAAUUUUGAAGCUUGAACAUGGAAGAAGCAAAGGAGCCUCAUGGAAAGGGUGCAGUCUCAGUUGUGAAGUAUCACCCAAACUCCAACCUCAUCUUGAAUUGCCAAGAGCUAAUCAAACCUUUAGGCAACUAACAUCAUCAGAGCUAAUCAGAUACCCUAAGGCUACUACCAUCAUCAGAUCUCUUAUGAGCCAUAUGUGACUCAUUAGAUGUAAAAUCUCAUGUGAUGUAAUGUAAUUGUAUAUACAACUCUACAAAUGGACCUUUGUUCAUCUUCAUGAAGCCUUAUCAUUAAGCUUCCAAUAAACCUCUCCUUUUUCCAAUACCUUUAGCUGCUCAACAUUCUUCUUAUUGUACUACGAACUUCACCCCUCCAUAAUUGUUACUAGAAAUAAGAUCUAUUUGAUCUGUUCAGGAUGU